AUGAAGGUGUUCGCUGGCGUGCUCGUGGGCUACCCCGCCACACACCGCGUGAAGCUGUAUCCGGCAAAGAUCAACGGUUCGUGGCUCAAAACCAACGAUCUCAGUGUGAAGCAGUUGUAUGACGGCGAGAUCCCCGACGACAUUCAAACUAUCCUUCGUGGCGAGAAAAUUCAUCCGACUUGGCGUGUCCGUCGUAUCAGCAAUGAGCGUACGCCUGAGGGAACCAUCCAGGUACUGAUAGUCCCGCAGCCUCGAGCUAGCAAGUGGGAGGAAACAGUACCGUGGAAGCCGCACCACUACGAUAGCAGUCAGCAGUACUUCCAGCUUGACGAGGUGGAUACGCGAUAUUCGGGGCUGGGGACUCAAGUCUCAAUGCUCUACUGCCGACCGAACUUUCACGAACAAUUUCAGUUUAUGAAAGAGCAGGUGUACGGCGAAGGGCGUCUCAGUAUGGUAGUUGGGCCAGAAGGAACUGAUAAAUCGUGUACGGCCAUGGUGUUCGCGACGACUCUCGAUCCAAGCCAGUGGAUCGUCACAUGGAUUCAUGCCUUGUUUCCAAAUCAUUAUUGGUGCGUUCGUCUAAGCGGCGGCGAACGCAAAACGCUUACUGCCACGGGCGAUGAACUUGUCGAACUUUUGAACUCCGACGAGAGUGAAAAGCGGCAUCUGCUGUUAGUCAAUGACUGGAACGAUAAAGAUUUCCCACAUCUUACUAUGAAAUGUUCCAAGUAG